AAUUUCGCCAUUUCGUUGUGCGGUGGUAACGCGUGGUGCACGUGCAAGCAAUGCUCAGACGUUGAGUUGGUUGAGUAUUCUAUGGCUGCUGUUGAGAAAUUCGUGCUGGACAACCCAUUCCGUCCGGCAUCCGCUUUAACUGAAGAUGCACCGUCGGGCCCCCGCAUUAUCCGCGAUGUCGGCUUCGCGAGAGAAACUUUUGGCCAAGAUCGUGGUGCGAGUGGUCAACGUGGAUUCAAGCGUCGCUUACCGGCGUGGGACUUUGGCUGCGACACUUGCGAUCAAGGGUUCGCGAGCCAGGCGGAUCUGUCCGUCCACUGUGCUGGGCACGUCGUGUGUCCAAGGGAUGACUGCGGCUUCGAGGCCAGCCCAGCGGUCGUAGCGCUCCACGAGAAGUUGCAGCACGACAGCCCGUUUAUUCGACGCACCGCAGCCGUCGGCACCGACGAAGAUGUGGAAGAGUGGCGUCGCCAACGCAGGCUGCGCUAUCCGACCUUGCAGAACAUCGAGGCCAAGAAGGCGGCCGAGUUGGAGCGCCAUGCACGUCGCGAAGUCAUCAACGAAGACGCGCGCGGCGGCCGACGCCGUAGGCGUAAUAACAACAGGCGUCGGCAGCGCGCACACCGACGUUCGUCGCCGGCCGGCCGCGUUCCUGAGCCCCCUCGGCAACAACAACCUUCCCAGCCGGAACCUUCGCCCGUCGAGGAAGAGCCCCCGUCGCGCGAAGAUUUGCGAGACAAGCCGGACCAGAUUACCGAUUCGGACUCUGACGGCGAGCAGCAUAGCGCAAAUGCGGCGAAGCCGCCGGAGUCUUUGGUCAGCGGCGCCUUGGCUUCCCUCGUGGCCUGCUACGGAAGCGACGAUGAUGAAGCACCUGUCGAACCGCUGCCGUCGGAAGCGGUGCCACCUCUCCCGACCGAAGUCUUGCCCGCCGAAGUGAAGCCAGCAGUGCGAGCGAAGGCGACGCCGCCGCCUACGCGCAAGGCAGAUUGGCCUCCCCGGAGGAAGUUGACGCUCUUGGAGCGACUACUGGCUUCUGAAAUGCGCCGUGAACGCAACGUGAUAUUGCAGUGUGUGCACCAUGUUGUGGACAAUGACUUCUUUGGUCAGGCCGGGUCCGAUGAGCCCCUGCUGUGCAGUCUCUAAGUGUAUAUAAAAAACACUGGCUUUUCUAAACAGGACUAGGCUUUUGGCCAAAGUACGGUGCAUGCCACACGCUUCGAGAUUUAUUCCAUUGAAUUCCACUUUUAAGUGACUGUAAACUUGCAGAUGCCACUUAUGAAGUCGCACUGUUGAAGCCAGGCUUGGGCACUUUAGACGAGGGACAAAUGGCAAAACAACUUGCACAAGCUGUAAUUUUCAUUGUUUCUCUGUCCGCGGUCAAAAGUGUGCUGUAGUUCACUUGUCAUGCGAGACCGACUAGUAAAAACUUUAGUUUUAGUGAACCUUCAACACUUAAAAGUUGUGAGCACAUAGAACUUUGGUGCGAAACCACUGUGCACCUGUGAUAGCAAUGAUGAUUGUAUUAAUGACAACGCGAGAUCGCCUUUGAGACAGACUAGUUGCUUAUGCCACAAGCUUUCUGGUGUGUCUAGUGGUAGGCGCCGUCGACAUACUGACACGCUUGUAGCGAAGUCGCAGCGCAUAGCCUCCGCCCAGCACAAAGCUCACUACCACCCUCUAUGAUCAUGUGACAACUGGCACAGCAGCUGCAGAGCUGCCUCCGAGCACCGCGAGUCGGGGCACCUCCUGUGUGUUUACAUGGGGCGGGCGGGCGUGCGGCCACGACAGAGGACGUUCUUGUGGCCCCAACAAGGACUCUGAAAUGAACAUAUAAAAACUAGGUUGAUGUGCAACUCUACCUCUGAUAACACCACCAUAACAUCAGGUAUCUUGACGCCACGAAUGGAUUCGUGAAAUGCCAUCAACGUUGCUGUAGUCUAGGUCACACGUGUACAUUUUAAUUUGUUAACUAAUGUAAGAACGGACCUCCUAGCCCCACAGGACGCUCUUUGCUGUGGUAUGAAAAUGCAUAGAGUAAAAUUAUGAACAGGCCCAUAAUCGUUACGGUAAAUCCUCACACAUAAACAAAUUUGCCAGGAUAGUUACUCAUUCAAACGUGAAGAGCGAUCUCAGUGAUACUUUAAUCGGCAAUACAGCACACGCCAUGGACAAGGUUGCUACAUAUCUGUCAGGUUUGCCAUGGCAAACCUGACAGAUAUUUAGAUAUGCAACUGCUGGUCGCAGCUCUGCCCGUACGCUGAAAGUCGAGACUGCGAAGGCCUACAGCCCCUAAACAUACUCUGAACAUUUCACGCUUGCAGUUCGCCAGUGCAGUCUGCAAGACAUGGAAAUGUCUUAAUGCGUAUCGCAGCCAGGAUAUCCGUGUCUAAUGCACUUGUGUUCAGUGUGUCAUCGCAGCCGCAUACAACUUGCUGAAGCCGUGCUUUCAUUCCUUGCUGCGUUAAUGAACCGAGCCACACCUUUAGUUCACGUGCAUACUACAAAAUCCUUUGGCCCCUCUGACUUCCGCAUUUUUCAGUCAUGAUGAACUCUGCGCAUAUUACAAAGCUAUCCACACUGCUUACGUAUUUGUGCUCUGAGGUAAACGUGCUUCCAAUGGCUCCACACAAGGCUUGUGCCAAAGUAUGCUGUGCGGGACAUUACAAUGGCACACUUUUGACAAAGCUAAUAAUUUUUGUUAGAUGAAAUGAGCCGUGCAAACUGCUCAAUUUUUGUCACAUAACCUAAGUAUUGCGUGCGGCCAAACUGCAAGACAGAAAAGUGAGAAUUAAGUGGUUCCCGGCGCACGCGGGUGACGCGUCGGAACGCAAUGCCAACCACAACGAGACGGCACACGCAGCGGCGCGAGCGCUAACUAACUGCGCCCCGGCGACAGACCGUCCGACGUGGUUCGGAGCCAAGGACCGCAUGACGGACUAUAACGACAUCACAAAAGCCUACCGCAUGGCUCGCAGGACUUUCCCACUCCCGCACCCGCGGUUGAGUCGAGCGGAGGCGGUACUAUUGAGACAGCUCCAGACCGGAUCGCUACCGAGUCUGGGACUGAUGCAUCGCAUGUACCCCGAGACAUACCCGACCGACAAGUGCAAGGUCUGCCGGAGGGAGACGGCGGAUCACACGCACAUCUUGUGGGACUGCAUCAAACACCCAGAGGAAGCGAGAUCAAGAACGAUCCCGUCGCGGCUCGAGGAAGCCGCGAAGAGCUACGACCAGGGUCAACAGCUCUGGGCCAUCCAGCAGGUCCUCGGGGCGCUCGAAAGGCAGGGACCCAGCGAGCCGGCAACGGUGAGCGGAGACCCGCGCCGAAUAACGGCAACCCCGAAGACGACGUAGGCCCUCGUCGGGGCGCGCGAGCGCCCAACUGCAGGCACAAAUAAAGUUUGUUCCA